GGAAUCGCCAUUAACAAAGACUACGACCAAGUUUUCAGUCGUCAACAAGUCAACCCAACAGAAUUCGCGACUCCUCUUCUUUGACACUUCGUCGCCAUUUCCUCCUCCCAUCAGCCUGAUCGAUCGAGCCAUCAUCAUCGAAUUCAGCGCAGACUCCACACGAAGAGAGAGAGAGAUAGAGAGAGAAGCCGCCAUGAACGGAAGAAGCUACAUCCUCCUGAAAGUAGUGAUCGUCCUCUUCGCCCUCAACUCCCUCUCUCUCUACCUCUACUUCCGCCCUUCUCCGAAGCCAACAAUCGAAGCUUCUUCCUCGUCAUCGCAGAUCCACAUCGACGACGAUCCCGCCCUUGAACUCGCCGAGCCACGCCGCGACGGCCGCUUCGAUUCCCUGAAGAGGUGGCCCAUCCUCCACUCCUACCUCCCCUGGUCCCAGAACCCUAGCGUCCGCCCCCACUCCUGCGAGGCCUUCUUCGGCAACGGCUUCACCCGCCGCCUCGACCUCCUCUCCGCCGUCGAGGGCGGCGGAGGCGGCGGGGGCGGCGGCGGGGGCGGGUGGUUCCGGUGCUUCCACAGCGAGACGCUCGGGAGCUCCGUCUGCGAGGGCGGGCAGCUGAGGAUGUCGCCGGAGAGGAUCAGGAUGGCGGUGGGAGGGGAGAGGCUGGAGGACGUGCUGAGGAGGAGCGAGGAGGAGGAGAUGCCGGUGUUCGAGGACGGCGCGUUCCAGAUCGCCGAGGGAGGGGGCGGCGGCGAGCUGGGGUUUAGGAGAGGGAAGAGUCUCGUGAGCGAUGAGUUCUUGGAUAAUUAUGUGGACCAGGGCAAGCGGCAUCCGAUUCGUAAUUUGAUCGGGUCGAUCCGUGUCGUCAAGCCGGGAGAGCUGCAGUGCGAUCAGUGGAUCGAGGAGCCAACACUUCUUAUCACCCGCUUUGAAUAUGCAAACUUAUUCCACACGGUUACUGAUUGGUACAACGCAUACGUUUCCUCUAAGGUCACUGAAUUACCGUAUCGACCUCACGUUAUCUUUGUAGACGGCCAUUGCACGUCGCCCAUGGAAGAAACAUGGAAGGCAUUGUUUUCAAGUGUUGCAUAUGCUAAAAGUUUUCACGGGUCAGUUUGCUUCCGCCAUGCCAUUCUGUCGCCUUUGGGAUAUGAGAAUGCAAUGUUCAAGGGACUCAGUCAGCCUAUAAACUGCGAGGGGACAUCUGCACAAGAUUUAUGGCGGAAUCCCAAUGACCGUAAGACUGCUCGACUUUCUGAGUUUGGAGAAAUGAUUAGAUCAGCUUUUGGUUUCUCGGUGAACAGACAUCAUCCUGAAAAGGCAGCCUCUGGUCAGAAUGUGCUAUUUGUUCGUCGUGAAAACUAUUUAGCGCACCCUCGACACAGUGGCAAACCUGAGUCAAGGCUUAGCAAUGAGCAAGAAGUCUUCGAUUCUUUGAAGAGCUGGGCGUCCAACCAUUUAAAAUGCAAAGUAAAUCUUGUGAAUGGUUUAUUUGCGCACAUGCCCAUGAAGGACCAAGUGCAAGCCAUUCAAGACGCCUCAGUUAUUAUUGGAGCUCACGGUGCAGGUCUAACUCACAUUGUGUCGGCAAUGCCGAAAACAGUAAUUCUCGAGAUCAUUAGCAGCCAAUAUAGGCGUCCUCAUUUUGCACUAAUCUCAAAGUGGAGGGGCUUGGAGUACCAUGCUAUCAAUCUAGCGGGGUCACAUGCCGACCCGCCUGCGGUCAUUAAUGAGCUUCGUAGCAUAUUGAAAAGCCUGGGAUGCUGAAAUUGAAAGGUUUUUUUGAGACUGAAAGGAUAUCACCUUGGAGGGGAAGAGUGCUUUCCCCAUGUGCGGCUGUUGCUGCUGUUCAUAGAAGAGGUAAAUUGUGUUCUCAUACGGAAAAAGUGGUUACAGUAAUUUAACUUUCCCAUCUGGUUAUCUGAUUCGUAAUGCAAGGAGGGUGAUUGAAGAAGUUACUCAAAGGCGGGCGGGGAUUGCUUUGAUCGAUAUUUUAAUCUUGACUGCCACGGUUGAAGAGAUGAUUGCCGUCUCCCCACCCCUAUAUAUUGAUUGACUGGUAUUGAGUUUAGUGGAGCAUUGAUUGAAAGGGAAGGGUGGAUGGUUGCAGUGAAAAAGAGAUGUUAUUUAACUUUAUUCUUUCAGAUAGAUAAUUCUUGUGUUCCUCGGACUUGCUAACUAGGCUCUUCUUUGGAA